GGCGCUUCUCAUUGGAGGAGCGGGGAGGCCAGCGAGUAGAGGGCCCCCUGAGGGAGCAGUGGAGGUGCAGGUCGGAGAGGCCGUGCCCCGCGCGUGAGCAGCAGCAGCGGCGGCGGCAACAUCCAGCGGCGGUGCCAGCCGUUCCAGCCCGUGGCUUUACUUUUUAGCUGCACGAACAUAGUCAUUAUGCCGAAGAGAAAGUCUCCAGAGAAUACAGAGGGCAAGGAUGGAUCCAAAAUAACUAAACAGGAGCCCACAAGACGGUCUGCCAGAUUGUCAGCGAAACCCGCUCCACCAAAACCUGAACCUAAAGCAAGAAAAACAUCUGCUAAGAAAGAACCUGGAACAAAGAUUAACAAAGGUGCUAAAGGGAAGAAGGAGGAGAAGCAGGAAGCUGGAAAGGAAGGUACUGCACCAUCUGAAAAUGGUGAAACUAAAGCUGAAGAGAUCCACAUCUAUCGCUCAACUGUUAGUGUCUCAACCUCCAGAGGUACCCCACCCAGCACAUUGUCAGGAAAGGGGCAGAUUGAAACAGUGAGAGUUAAGGGUACAGUAGAAAAUUCUGCAUGCGUGCAGUGACUAGAAUUAGAUAGUGGUGUGGUGCUGUUUCUUUGGAGCAGUGGGAGCUUGUAGGGAUAGCUUCUGUGGUCGUUUGAAAAGCAGAAAGCAAUAAAUGCAGCGAAGUGUUUGCGUAAUAUAUUCCUGCCUUGUCUGUCUCACACCCAGAGCUGAAAUAGGUUUGGGGGUAGAGCUGCUAAAAAACAGAUGUUCUAAAGUGUGUGUGUUGGCGGGGUGGACUUUUAUUUGGCUUAUAGUAGUUUUAAUAGUAACUAUGUUUUUUUUCCCUUUUCCCCCCCACAGGCACAGAAAACUGAAUCUGUAGAUAACGAGGGAGAAUGAAUUGUCAUGAAAAAUUGGGGUUGAUUUUAUGUACCUCUUGGGACAACUUUUAAAAGCUAUUUUUACCAAGUUUUUGUAAAUGCUAAUUUUUUAGAACUCAACUAGUUGGCAUACAAAAAUAUAUAAGGAUGGACAUUUUACCUUCUUAUAAUACAUCUUUUUGGAGAUUUCCAUCAUCCUCAAGUCAAAUAAAUUUAAUAUUGGAAGCUGUGUGUAAAAUUGAUUCAGCAUUCCAUGCAUUCGCUUUAAAAACUUAGUCCUGUGCAUACUGUGGUGUUUUUACUGUGCAUAUUUGAAUUUUUCAUGCAGUUUUUCUAGAGCAAUAAUCAGUGGUGCUUUUGUACCUAGGUCUAUGUGAUUUUAAUGAAACAUAGGUAGUUGUGGCCACCUGCUGACUAUUUGUGGUUUAAAAUAAAAAGGUGCUCUUGCCUGCAAAAUAUCUGCUUCUUAGUGUUUUCACUAAAUUUAGGCAGUGUUUCAUUUUUGCAGAAGAUGUAAAGAAUUUCUACAGUCUGUGCCCUGAGGGUAUCUUUAAUAAGUCAAGUAGGAUUGUUUCUUAAUUUUCUGGCAUUUAAAAAUGCCACUAUUUUAAUAAAGUCAUCUGUGAGUGCCAGUGUGGAAUCACAUCUAAAACACUUCAUACCAGAAGUGGCCUGCAAUGAUUACCAUAUAUAAAACAAUAAGACACCACUUUUUUUGAAGUCCUUAUAAACAGAUAGUGUUCUGCUAAACCACAACUUGUGAAAAACCAUAAACUCAGGCUCAUCCUUGAAAAGUCCCCACUUUCAAAAUAAUACCGAGUCACAUUCUUUGAGAACUUCGCAGCUUUGAAAACACUUUACCCAGCGUGACCACAUUUCAGCCUUGGAGCAGCCUGAGAAAGGAGUUGGCAUAGGUAUUAUUAGAGCUUCUUUCUAGGCUAAGAAAUAGGGACAUGGAGAGUAUGUGACUUACUUCAGGCCCAUGGGAAGAAGAAAAAACAGAACUUGAACCUGGUCUUUUGAAUUGUAUAUGUAGUGUCUAUUUUAGUCUGUUCAAGCUGCUAUAACAAAAUAUCACAGACUGGGUAGCUUAUACACAACAGAAAUUUCUCUCUCACAGUUGUGGAGGCUGUAAGUCGAGAUCAGGUUGCCAUUCAGUAGGGUGAGGGUCCUCUUCCAGAUCACAGACUUCUCAUUGUAUCCUCAGGUGGCAGAAGGGGCCAGGGAGCCUCUGGGAUCUCUUUCAUAAGGCCACUAAUCCCACUCACGAGAGUUCCACCCUCGUGACUUAGGCAUCUCCCAAAGCCCCACUUCUACUACCAUCAUCUUUGAGUGGUAAGAUUUCAGCAUGAACUUUGGAGGGACACAAACAUUCAGACCAUAGCGAUGGCCUUUUGUAUCUGGAAGUCCAUGGCUGGGUUGGGAACAGAGGAGCUAUUUUAUUACUAUAAAUUUUUUUGUUCGCUUACAUUUCCUGAGAAGUUUAGUAACUGCAUGAGCACUCAGGGAAGCUGAAUUCUGGGCAUUCCUCUUAGAUGAAGACCUUCCGAAUUUUUAGGAUGUGAAUCGUGCCUGUGCUGCUCAGGGACUCUUACCAAAAGGCUGUUGUUCCUCAGAGCCUCAGAUGCUUUUCUGUUGUGGUUAUCAACAAACACAGGCCCCUCCAUCAUGCUUGUAUUUUGUGUCAUUGUCCCUAAUCUAGCAUUAAUCUACUGCAGAUAACAACCUUAGUACACAGAAUGAUCUCAUUCAGUUUCCUUUGCUUCUGAUUAGGCAAUGUACCUUAAUUCAUGAGGGUUAUAUGUACUGAAAACCACUUUUACCCCCAAGAAAAAUAGCUGGUAUCCUGUGAGCACUUCAUAAAAAUAUCUUCAAUAAUUUUUGGUACAUUGCUGGCUAGCUUCCAAUUCAGAAGUGGGAUAUAAACUCCAUAGACUUACUUUUUUAAAAAUUAUAAAGGUGCUACAGGUAGCUUUUUUUUAAAUAUCAGACAUUACAAUAAUAAAUAAAGGGAAAAGUCAAAGUUUUCCUUUCCCCACUCGUGAGUUCCAGAGGUAAUCCCUGCACACCAUUUUCUCUAUGACUAUGCAUACGUGUGUAUGCAGGUAUGCGCAUACAUAAACAUGUACACAUGAUUUUUAAAGGAAGGAAAUAUACAUCCUAUCUAGAAUUAUUCAACCAAUAAAUUGUAAUUGGAGACAGAUUUCAAAUAUUGCAAUGCUGCCAUUGAGACUGCCAAUAAACAUUCUUGUGCACAAA